GUUGCAGUACAAGGGUAGAGGUGACCCCUCCGCUCCGUCUAGUCCGUCUGAGAGCAGGGAGAACAGGCUGCAUCGACCCGAAACACCUCCAACCGCUGGACAAAAUGGCUGAACCAAUCCGUGUUGUGGUGACCGGCGCCGCUGGUCAGAUCGCCUACUCCCUGCUGUACAGCAUCGCUAAGGGAGAUGUGUUCGGGAAGGACCAGCCAAUCAUCUUGGUCCUGCUGGACAUCCCCCCCAUGCUGCCGGUGCUGGACGGCGUCGUCAUGGAGCUGCAGGACUGCGCCCUCCCGCUGCUGAGGGAGGUCAUCCCCACUGACAAGGUGGAGGUCGGCUUCAAGGACAUCGACGCCGCCAUCUUGGUGGGCUCCAUGCCCAGGAAGGAGGGCAUGGAGAGGAAGGACCUGCUGAAGGCCAACGUGGCCAUCUUCAAGACGCAGGGAGCCGCCCUGGACAAGUACGCCAAGAAGACCGUCAAGGUUCUGGUUGUCGGAAACCCGGCGAACACCAACUGUCUGAUCGCCUCCAAGUCCGCUCCAUCCAUCCCCAAAGAGAACUUCUCCUGCCUGACCCGACUGGACCACAACCGAGCCUGCUCCCAGGUGGCGAUGCGCUGCGGUGUGUCCUCCGACAAAGUGAAGAACGUCAUCAUCUGGGGGAACCACUCCUCCACCCAGUACCCCGACGUCCACCACGCCAAGGUCAACCUCAGCGGCAGCGAGGUGGGCGCCUACGACUGCAUCAAGGACGACGCCUGGCUCAGAGGAGAGUUCAUCUCGACCGUGCAGCUGCGCGGCGCCGCCGUCAUCAAGGCCAGGAAGCUGUCCAGUGCCAUGUCUGCCGCCAAGGCCAUCUGCGACCACAUGAGGGACAUCUGGUUCGGCACCAAGGAGGGCGAGUUCAUCUCUAUGGGUGUUUACGCUGCCGGAAACACCUACGGCAUCCCAGAGGACCUCAUCUACUCCUUCCCUAUUCAGAUCAAGAACAAGACCUGGAAAAUGGUUGACGGACUCCCCAUCAACGACUUCUCUCGGGCCAAGAUGGACGCCACAGCGGCCGAGCUGGUGGAGGAGCGAGACACCGCCCUGGACUUCCUGUCCCAGUGACUGGUGCCCCCUACUGGCCAACAGCAGCACUUAGAUCCCCCGAAGACCGGCUGCUCACGGCUGUGAAGGCGAAGCCCUCCACUCUUGUAACCGUCCCAACUGGCGUCUGUGUUACCUCCUCUGUGUGUGUGUGUGUCUCUCGGUGUGAUUGUGUGUGUGUGUGUGAGUGUGUGUGUGUGUCAUCAGGCCACCUCUUCAGGUUUUUUUAGAAAACCUGUUUAAUGAUCACAACCUGGCCUCCUGAGAGAAUGUCUCUGUCGGUAGACGAUAACACGCACUAGCUGUCCAGAAACUGUAACGGAACAUGAUAUCACCAAUAAAACAACAACAAAAAUGA